AUGGAGCAGCGGUUGCGGUUGGCGCAGCAGUGGGUGGCGAACCCUAGCAGCAGCCAUGAGUUGACGCAUGGACUUGGCGGCGUGCUUUUGGAUGAAGACAUUUGGCAAGUAAGGAUCCAUUUUGAUGCAAGAGAACCAUUGGAGAUGAAGCUGUGUGGUUCAGAUAUUACUUAUUUGAAUUUGGUUGCAGUGAUGAAAACCCAAGGAUUUAAUGCAUAUGAUUGUUUGUUUCACAUUGAAAAUCCAUCUUUAGGAGAGAAAGGGCUGGAUUUGGUAGACAGUCAUGCAGAAUUACAGAAGAUAAAGAGGAAGAUCCAGGACAAAUUGGUGCUUGAUUUGCUAGUCAGGGCUUGCCCACCCCCUGUUACUGAAUUUGAGUUGCAGCAAUGUCAAAUGCCAGAGUUGUCCACUGUGGUGUACCAAGAGCCUGUUGUUUUCGAUCUGAGUGAGCCUCCUAUCUUAGCUGUUGAUCAGCAAGGAGUAGUUUUUGAGAGUCAAUGUAGCAACUCUAGCACACCUCAUCCUGCUGGUGUUUGCACACAAGAAAGCAAGAAUGGAACAGCCAAGUUGAAAGCAGUUUUGGAAGAAGAAGAAGAGGGAUAUCAAGGAUUUGAGGCAUAUGAGGACAGUGAUGCUAAUGCCUCUGAUGAGGAUGCUCAAAUUGGAAAUGACCAUCAUUACAUGGGUGAUGAUGAAGAUGUAGAGGUGGAAGAGGGAAAGAGACAGAGAGAGCUAGAAGUACAAGAGGAAGAAUCAGAUGAUGAGCAAUCAGAAGAGGAAGAAAUGCUGCAUUAUGAGGGUGACACUGAAGUUGAGGAACCAUUUGAGGUAGAGGAAGAUAGGACUUUUGAAGAAGAAGAAGAAACUAUAGUUGAACCUGUGAAGAAGAAGCAGAAGCUACCAGUUAAAAGAGGACCAACAACUAGGUCACAUUCUAGUAAGCUACCAGAGGUUGAACCUGAUUUCAGACCAUCCUCGUCAGAUGAAGAAGAGAAGGGGUUGCUGACGGAGAGUGAUGAUGAUGGUUUUGAGCCAGCCUCUUUUGUCCUACCAAAGAAAAGUAAGAGUAGGGCAAAGAAAAGGCCUGCUAGGAAGUGGUACAAUGAGAAAAUGGAGCAACCACAUGAGCAACUGUGUAUGAAGUUGUGUUUUAGGGAUCAACAUCAAUUCAGAGAUGCUUUGUUGAAUUUGCACAUCACUCAGGCCAGGAAUUUUAAGUAUCACAGGAAUUCAGAUCAGAGGAUAAUUGUUCAGUGUCCAGAUAAACAAUGCCAGUUCUUUAUGGUGGCAGCAGUUAUAAAAGGGGAGAAAACCUUUGUAAUUAAGAAGAUGAGACUAGAGCACACUUGCCCUAGUACCACUGAGACCACCAGGGUUAGUGCUAAGUGGCUAGCACAGAAAUAUGAGCAUCUCUUCAGAUCUGAUAUAACUACUGGUAUUCAGACAAUAAUUGAUGCAUGCAUGGAAAAAUAUGGUGUAGAUGUGCCCAAGUGCAUGGCAUAUAGGGCAAAGAACAUAGCUAUUGAAGCUGUCUUAGGAGAUCACAAGAAGCAAUAUCCUAGGCUUAAAGACUAUGCUCAGACUGUCAUGGAUACAAACCCUGGGAGUAGAGUAAUAGUCACUACUGUUACUCCAGUACCAAAUGCAAAAAUACCCCACCCAGGCCCAAGAUUCCAUGCCAUGUUCUUUUGCCUGAAUGGAGCAAGGGAGGGGUUUCUCAAUGGGUGUAGGCCAUUCAUUGGUGUUGAUGGAUGCUUCAUUAAGCUCACUACAGGAGCUCAACUCCUUGCUGCCACUGAUAGAGAUGGCAACAACAACAUAUAUCCACUGGCAUUUGGCAUAGUUGGACAAGAGUACACACCUAGUUGGUGUUGGUUUCUACACCAACUGAAAAUUUGCCUAGGUGGAGAAGUGGGCAAGUUUGGACCUUAUACUAUAAUGUCAGAUAGACAAAAGGGGUUAUUGAAUGCAGUGAAUGCUGUCUUUCCAAAUUGCAACCAAAGAUUCUGCCUUAGGCAUUUAUAUGCAAAUUUCCAAAAUGUUGGGUUUAGGGGUGAAGAUCUUAAGAAGUGCAUGGAUAAUUCUAGCUAUGCCUACAAUGAACACAAAUUUAAUAUUGCAAUGAAUGAUCUUAGAUCUGAAAGUGAGGAAGCUUGGGAGUGGCUUACUGCAAUACCAAAAAAAACAUGGGCAAGGCAUGCAUUUGACACAAACUGCAAGACUGACUUGGUAGUGAACAACUUGUCUGAGGUGUUCAACAAGUACAUUCUAGAUGUUAGGAGAAAACCUGUAAGGACAAUGUGUGAUGGGAUUAAAGAUAAGCAGAUGGUGAGGUGGCAUAGGAACAGAGAGAGUGUAAAGGCAGCAAGAUGGGAUAUAACACCUCAUUACAGUGAGAAGCUAGAGGUUGAGAAGGAGAGGGCCAGAUAUUGCAAGCCAAUACAGGCAGGGGUCAACUUAUGGCAAGUUACAAAUGGGCAGCAAACACAUGCUGUCAACCUGGAACUUGAGACUUGUGGAUGCAGGAAGUGGGACCUUAGUGACAUACCUUGCAACCAUGCCAUCUCUGCAAUAAACAAGGCUAAAAGGAAACCAGAGGAUUAUGUCAGCAAAUUCUUCAAGAAAGAUUUUUAUGCUGCAGCUUAUGAACCAAUGAUCUUUCCUGUGCCUGGUGAGCAUGAUUGGACAAGGACCCCUGGUCCAGACAUAGAACCACCUGCAUUCAAAAUCAAGAGAGGAAGAAAGAAAGAAAAGAGGAUCAAGGGAAAAUUUGAAGUACCAAAGCCAAAAGACACUUCAAGAAUGGGGACCAUAACAUGUGGCAAUUGUGGUCUCCAAGGGCAUAGGUACACAAACUGUCUUAAACAGUUGAAGCCUGAGCUAGCUUUGAGGAAGAAUAAGCAUGUGGCUACUCCAAGUAACUCACAGCCAAGAGCUGCUGGUCCUUCUACUACAACAACAGCAAGACAGCCAAGAGCUGCUGCCAGAGGAGCUGCCACAGGAAGAGGAGCUGCUACUUCUACUACACCACCACCAUCUGGAAGAGGAAGAGGAGCUGCUACUUCUACUACACCACCACCAUCUGGAAGAGGAGCUGGCAGAGGAAGAGGAGCUGGAAGAGGUGCUCCAAGGCCAUUCAGUGCCCCCAGGCAAUAUGCUGACAUUCCUACUGAUGGUACACACACUGGAUGGAUGUCCUACUUCACUGCUAGUAGAGGAAGAGGAGCCAAGUAAUUUGAAAUGAUGUGGUGUUAUUUUGGUUGAACUUGAUGCUCAUG